AGUGAUCUGUGAGAUUCCCUGAUGCAUCGAUCCUUAUCCUGGAGUAGAAUAGCGUGUGCUGCUAACACGCGUAUGGUCGAGCCGUUCUUUCAGAUCCCUGUAAUCGUCCGUCCGAAAUGCAUGCUCGCCGCGCGAAGCGGCGAUGCAUUCGGAGGAAUGAAGGGAGCGAAUGUAUGGCGAGCGGGAAAGCGAGUCACCGCCGUCCGUAGCAACGUGAGCAACGGCGCGGAAAGCGGCGCCUGCAAUACCAGCAAUGCUGCUUCUGAACCCCUGUCGCAGCUUCCCGAUUGGUCAGAAAUUCCGUACACCCGGCUUCAGCUGCGUCCAGAGCCACAAUUGCCGCCACGUGUCGAGCACCUGCUGGUCGAACGAGAAGGGAGUGUCGUGGACGUCGUGGCUGAUUCGCUGAACCUUCCGCUGGAAUACGUCACAGAUUUGAUUCGAUUUGGAAGCAUCUACCACUCGCAUAUACCACCUCCCCCGCCUCCGAACCUCCCUCCUGAGGCACUUAUAGCCUACCUCGACUACCUUCGCGUUCAUGUGCAUCCGAAGCGAUUCCCCAUGUGCUACAGCUUUGACUGGCAAGACACUAUAAUUGUUAACGAGGAUGAUUAUGUGGUGUUAGAUAAACCAUACAACGUCCCUGCACAUUUGACGUGCCCACUCUCAAACGCCAUCUUGCCACUCACCGUUCUCAUGAUUCCCUCUCUCAUCAUUCCCUCUCUCAUCAUUCUCUCUCUCAUCAUUCCCUCCCCCAUCAUCCUUCUCUUUCCCUUCCCCCCCCCUAUCGCCGCCCCAAGUGUGGUGAUGGCGAAGAAUCGCCAGUUCGCCAGCAAGUUCAACCAGCUGCUGCAGACAGAGCAGCACAGGCAGGGCAUUCUCAACGCAGGCGUCAGCCAAUCACAGCCCUCAGCCUCGCCUGCUGUCCCGUCCCUCUUCUUCUGGCUGGGGUGUUUCCGAACCAACAAGAGCCAUGCGUACCGAGGCUCGAGGACAGGUUCAGGAGCAGGCUAGGGGGUCAUCAACAGCGGCGAUUUUGAACAUUGUUGA